AUGAAUGAGAACUUGGUUGAAAAUUACAAAGAGGAACAACCUGAUUUUGAAGAAGAUGUUAGUUUUUCCCGAGGUCAACGAGAUGUACAAACCAAUGAAGAAGUAGAAUACGAAUUUGAUUUUGAAGAAUGUCCCGAGAAUGAUGAGGAUGAAAAUGAUCAAUACGAAAAUAAAAGUGAAUACAAAAAUAAUGAAGGAGACAAAUUUAGACGAGUUCAUUUUUCACUGACAAAUGAAAUCAUUCUAAUCGAUAGACCAUCCGAACAGACGAAAGAUUUGAAAAAGGAAAAACCGUCUGAAAUACAAGAAUUAAAGAACAAAAGAAAAUCAAUCAGUAAUCUCGAUUCUUACAAAACAGAAGCAACUGUUUCUAAAUUGAAAAAAGUAGAUUCAGAGGAAAGCAAUAAAAGUGUUCGCUAUUCCCAAUCUACGGGUAUACCAGGCAUAGCGAGAAUUGAUUUAUCGCCACUGACACAAAAAAUCGUUGGCUGUGUAAUCGGUGAAAAUGUCACUACCGAAUAUCCAUGGAUUUACAUAAAAAAAGAAUUAAUCGAGGACAAUAUUGAUCUUCAUGACGAGAGCAGUGAUUUUUUAGAUAUUAAAGAUGAAAUUGAAACUUAUCCGGAAGCAAAGAUUUUAAUUGGCUACGCGCCAUCGUCAGAUGAUGAUGGACAAUUUUACAUUUGUCUCACUGAAGAAGGAAGGGAUGCUGUAAUUCGUCAAAUUGAAUUUCAAAGAUUAAAUCUCGAAAGUCGAGUUCAAAGUGCCGUUUACAAAGUUGCCGGUGAUUGGAUUGAUUUUGAUAGUAAAACUGAAGUCGACGAUACUAUCGUCAAAAAUGUCAGGCCACUUCUUCAAAUUGAGUUGGAGCUGAACUCAAAAUUAAUGAAAAGGCGUGUAAUAUUAUCGAAUCGAGAUGUUGACGAUCAAAGGGACGGUUACGUAAAACUGACUCCAUAUCGAGAGACCUUCGAAAAUGUUUCAAAGCUUUUAAAUGAUACUGCUGUCCAAGUAACUCCAACUUUUGGGGAUAACGAAACUCAAACUGUAACUAAAUUUCAAACGAAUACAUGGUCUCAGCACUCAUUGGAAUAUUCUACAUUUGAUCUUUUGAAACUUCCUAAAAGGAAAUUUCAGUCUCUCAACGAAUUUCUCAAGAAACAGGACGACUACAUUACUAACGAGAUGCUGUUGAAUUCCACUUGGGACGUGCAUGCCAAUGAUUAUGUCAAUCUUGUUAAUUUCGAGAAAGAUGGUGAAACAUUGACGACAGUUGCUUACAAGGAAUAUGGAAAUUAUUACGACGGUAAACUUUGUACGGAUAAAGUUAUUAAUGAUCUCAGUUGGCAUCCAUUUUUAACUGGAAUUGCUGUGUGUGCUUACACGGAUUUUGCCAAGUGUAGUAAAUUUAUUGGACCCCGACGUGAUAAUGAGGUUCGAAACGUAACAGCAAAAAAUCACAAAACUCUAUUAUGGUCCUUCACUGAUAAUCUUUCACCAAAAUUAAUUUUCGAUUCACCGAGAGAAAUUUCAGCCGUCUCCAUUUGUCCCUACGAUGGAAAUCUAAUAAUCGGCGGUUACGCUAAUGGCCAAAUUGUUCUCUGGCAUAUUCCCGACCUGAUGGAAAAAUUGGAAUCCACCGAAGUGUACACAACAUCACAAAUGAGACACAAAGCGCUCAUGAAAAGUUUAAUGUCCUGGAUGAAGGGCGUAAGAGGAUCAUCGGAUAUUGAAAUCACCGCAACAUCCGCUCUUCAAUCGAGUCAAAAAGGUCGAAUUACCCAAAUUGUUUGGGUGCCGUGUUAUAAUAAAAUUGGCAAAGAUGGAAAAAUCAUUAGUUUAACGGCCGAAACACCAACCACAAAUUUAACCUGUCAAUUUAUCACUUCCAGUGAGGAUGGAACUGUCGCCUUUUGGGAUUUAAAUUUGGAAACAAUAUUUGAGAAACGAAGGCGACUGAAUAUAAAACGAGACAAAUCGAAAGUACCAAAACCUGAUAUUUUGUUGAAAGUAACAUCGCCCUAUAAGGAAUUGGAUGGAAUUUGGCAUCCCGAUUAUGUAAUAAAUGUCGUUCAUCCUCAGUUUGGACGUCGUUUAAUAAUAACGACAAUGAACAUAUAUUUUCCAAAAAUUCUCAAGGAACAAACUAAUCACAAUUCUAAUGAAAAUAACGAUAUUUUAUUUCGUAAAUGCUUUAAAAAUGUACUAAAGAAACCAUCAUACGAGAUGGAACCGAAAAUUUUUAUCGGAACAGCCACAGGACAUUGUGGAGUGAUAACAUGGGAGGGUUUCAACUUUUCAACCGGUCAAAUUAUUAAUCGCGAAACGUGUCAAUGGAAUUGGAUAAAUAUCAUCCACGAUGGACCAAUUACCCAAGCAGUGAGAUCUCCAUUCAUCUCCGAUCUAAUAUUAACCGCUGGUGGAAAAAUCUUUGCUUUAUGGAAAGAAAAUUUCCGCCGUCCCUUCUUUUGGAACAGAUCCGAAUUUAGGUACACUGCGUGUGUUUGGGACAAUUAUCGACCAACUGUAUUGAUUGUCUCGCGUUUAGAUGGAACAAUUGAAAUUUGGAAUUUCACGACAAAAAGUAUGGAGGCAAGUGUCACGCAAAAUAUAUCGGGCGGUCUUCUCACUGGAAUUUAUAAUCACGAAUUACCCCUAAAUCCUCAGUGCACUGCUUUUUGUGAUUAUAAUGGCGCACUGAGACUAUUUUUAUCGCCAACAAUAAUAUCCGAUUACAAGAACGAUAUCAAGUGGAUGGAAAGUUUCAUUAGGCGAACAAUAAAGGGAAUAAACGAUUUCGAAGAGUGGCAGAAAAAUUGGAGUGCCACUAACAUUGAGACCAUAGAGGAGAAUAAGAAAUUAUCCGAACUUGAGAACGAAAAAAGAAUGAAAGAAGCCGAGGAAGAAAACGCCCGAGAAAUUCAAGAAACAUCAAAAACUAACAAAUUGCCAAAGACACAGCCAAUGAAUUUUAUUGAAGCAGCUCGAUCACGUUGGAUGUCAAUGGAACUAAAACGAAUGCAAACUGCCAUUCUCGAGAUGAAGGGUUUAAAUAAAAAGGAACUUGACAGACGUCGUGCGCCAAUUUUAAAAAUGCGACAGGAAGCCGAUGAAAAAAAGCGUAAACUUAGAAAAAUUUUACAACUUCAAGAUAAAAUUUUCGAGGACACGGCUGCUUUUCUCUUUCCUAAACAGUAUUACAAGCAACACCAAAGAAAACUUUCCACCACGUUUGUCCCUGAAGAAAAAUCAACAACGCCAACUUUUUCAAAACUUGAAACUUCACAAGAGAUACAAUUCAACAGUCCAGAGGAGGAGAUUAUCUACAACUUCAUGGAAGUUCAAGCGGAAGCUUUAUCCUCGAUUCUCCGACGUCCGCACAAGUACGCAUUCCAGUGGCGCAAUACUCUGACAGAGGGCAUCGCAAGAAGAAAUUCCAUGGAUGUUGAUCUCCAAAAAUUCAAUAAAUCAAAAAGGGAAAAAAUUCAAGAUAAUUGGAACGAUGAAAUAAGUGAUUUGACACGUACCGACAGUUCCUCAACUCUUAUUCUCUCACAAGAUAGUGAUAUGGAUUUAAAUGAAUUUUAA